AUGAGGUUGGCCGCCAAUUCACAUGGGACAUCGAAACCAAGGGCAAGCACGCAUGGAAAUCAUCCAGGGGGGGCCCUUGUCUUUGAUCAGACAACAGAAUCGACAGGGCAUGUUUUCAACGGCGAACUGUCUACCGCGCAGCGGCAGAAUAUCAUCAAGUUCAGCUGUCGCCAACGACCGGACAACUUUGAGACCAUCCGAACUCUUGGCCGAGGCAUUGUUGGAAUGACCGGUAGCGGCAACCACUUCAACGACAGACAAAUCAAAUUCUCCGACGAGAUGGCUGUCGAUCUUGCAAAGGUUCAAUGCCAUUGUACAAUGGCAUUUGCCAGAAACGCCGAGGUGGAUGGACAUGUCACAUGGGGCUACACUGGCAGGGAAGACUAA